UCCCAAAUCCAAUUCCUUCCUACUUCAGCCACCUCACCUGACACAUCGAGCCCCAAAAUCGCCAUUUUCUAAAACCCCUUUUCAACACACUGCACGCGACAAGACUCGCCGGCAAAAUGGUAUCGGACUCGGAGCUCGUCGGCCGGCUUCGCGAAUUCCUCAGCACGUCAGACCUGAACACGACCACCACUGGCAUCGUCCGCCGGAAGCUGGAGGAAGAUUUCGGCAUCGAUUUGUCGGACAAGAAGGCGUUCAUUCGAGAACAAGUCGAUCUCUACCUACAGAGCCAGCAAGAACAAGCCGAAGAAGACGAAGGCGAAGAAGAAGAUGGAGAGACUAAUAAAGUAAAUUCAGAAGAAAACGAGGAAGAAGAGGAAGAGGACGAGGAAGAAGAAGAAUUAGAACAAACCACUAAUGGAAAGGGCAGAAUUAAAAGAGGGUCUAACAAGCAGAACAAAGAGGUCAAGAAAAGAGGAGGUGGAGGUGGAUUUACCAAAUUAUGUAGUCUGUCUCCACAACUUCAGAAGUUCACUGGGGUGCCUGAAUUGGCCAGAACUGAGGUUGUCAAGCAACUAUGGAGCUACAUACGGGAAAAGGAUUUGCAAGACCCAAGCAAUAGGCGAAAUAUAAUUUGUGAUGACACACUGCGUCCCCUUUUUGGUGUGAAUUCCAUAAACAUGUUCCAAAUGAACAAGGCCCUAGCAAAGCAUAUCUGGCCAUUGGAAACAGAUGGUGCAGCUCCUACUAAGUCUACUCAGAAGGAAAAGCAACGGAGGCAAGAGAGUGAAGAAGCAGCUCCUUCAAAGUCUACACAGAAGGAAAAGCAACGAAGGCAAGGGAGUGAAGAAGAUGAGCCUAAAAGAAAGGAAAAGCGGCAGAAGGGAGGGAAUUCAGGUUUUCUUGCUCCGAUUCCACUUUCAGAUGCUCUAGUGAAGUUCCUCGGUACAGGAGAAAGUGCAUUGUCACGGGCUGAUACCAUAAAGAGAAUCUGGGGAUACAUUAAACAAAACAACCUCCAGGAUCCAUCUGAUAAGAGGAGAAUAUUAUGUGAUGAGAAGUUGAAAGAACUCUUUGAUGUUGACUCGUUCAAUGGAUUCACGGUUUCGAAACUCCUAACCAGUCAUUUCAUAAAGGCGGAACAGUGAGUUACUUGUACAUUGUUCUUGUUAAGCCCAAGAGAACUGGGGAUUUUGCACGAGUUUAAUUUUAGAGUCUAACUGUUCUUUUUGGUAUGUUGUCCUCUUCUGUUUUGUAUCUUUGCUGACAGCCCAUCAGAGGGCAGAUAGUAAACAAAACGGAAAAAAAAAAAAAAAAAAAAAAAACCAAACUAAAAAAAGAAAAGAAAAUUGAUGCUUCUGUCUUUACUGUCUUUUGACAUGAUAAUUUUGUAUCCUCCUCCAGAAGCUGAUUAUAAGUUUCUUAUGUUUUUUUUCUUUU